UGAGGCGCAAUGCGCAUUUGAAGAGUCGCUCUAACCAAUUGGUGGUCUGUCCAGCAUUCAGCUCCUCUCAUGGCUCUGGUGAUCUUUACAUCCUGGAUGUCUCGCUGGCAUACAAUGAUGUAGUCAAUGAGAUGCCACUGUUUUGAUCGCGGGUGCAUCCACGUUGUUUUAUAUUUGUUUGCCAUUCUGAACACAGUGUUCGUGAUGGUGAGUUUGAACUCUAAGCAUUUGCUGAGUAGCAGUAGGUUGUUGUUGUUUAUUUUGCCCAUGCCAUGUUUGCCAAGCACUCCUUUCCAUCUUUCAUGGUCCUGGCUGACGCGGGCGUUGAAGUCUCCCAGUAGUAUCAGCUUGUCAUUUGUGGGCACUGAGUGCAGGAUGGCACUCAGGUCAGAGUAGAAAUGCUUGAUGGUCUCCUCUGUGCUGUGCUGUUGGGGCAUAUGCGCUGAUGAUUGUGGCAUACCGGUCUUUGCUGAGAGGCAAACGGAUCUUCAUGAGCCUCUCGCUGAUGCCCACAGGCAAGUCUGGUAGCUGUUUGAGCAAACUGGUCUUGAUGGCCAGGCCAGCACUGUGGAUUCUGUCUUCAUUUGAGGCUCUACCUUUCCAGAAGAAGGUGUAUCCAGUGGUGGGUUCGCUGAGUGAUCCCUCUUCUGGUAAGCGUGUUUCACUUAAGGCUGCAAUGUCAAUGUUAUAUCGCUCCAGUUCUUUACCGAUUAGAGCUGUUCUUCUCUCAGGUCUUGGGGUAUUCUCUCUGUCAAGUGAUGUCCUGAUGUUCCAUGCUCCUAGUAGGAGUUUCUUUGUAUUUUUUCUUCUGUCUUAGAACUAAUAUUAAGAAAGAAGGUAAGACGUUUAUAAAAAGAAAAGGAAAUCUUCAAGCAAAGAAUUUGAAAGGUUUUUAUGGGAAAGUAGAAUUAGAUUUAAUUAUUCUAUUUAGUCCUAAAGAAUAGAACUGGGACUAGUUUACUGGACAAAGUUGGAUGGAAUGGGUACUGUCUUGGGAAAGGUGAGUUACUCUGGAGGUGAGAAUUCAUUGAAAGGACUUUAAGCAGACUACAUAAACUAAUUAUUAGGAAUGUCUUAGUAGGAAUUUUUGGUUUUGAAAACUUCUUCAAUUCCAUUCACCAACUUGAUUCUGGCACCCUACCUUUCGACAUAUUUCAUGUGACUCCAGACUUUUUGUAGUCUACCCCUCUGGUGUCAAACUCAAAUAGAAACUAAUCUAAUACAUUAGGAUCCCUGUGGGCAAUGAUUUAGUUUAAAAAUAUUGUUAACUUGGAAAAAACACAGAACUACUAAAGUAGUCAGAAAAAAACAAGUCUUUAAUCAGGAGAGGGAUAGGUCCAAGAAUCAGCCGCUACACAGAGCCCAGUGCCAAAAAAUUCACAGGGCCUACACCCUGGGGACUCUGGGAACUGUAUCCCUGGGAGAAUGCACCUUGCUUGAUUAUUUAUCCAAAGAACAAUAGAACUUGUGGAACUUAUAUACCUUUCAGGGAAUAAAGGACAGGGAAAUAUGAUUGGUUGACUUUACAAUAGCUACAAGUCCCAGACAGGAUUAUCAGGGAGAGGCUGAUGCUUUACAAUAGAUACAAAGGAAAGGGUCCAAUCAAGAGCUGGGCUACCUGGGUGAGGACUUUGAUACAAAAAGAGAAACUACCAGGACAAAAGGGUACUUAUUUGAUUUAGGCUAUUAGUUCCAUCCAACUAGGACCAUUAAGUAAUGAUACACACCAUAUAGUUGUAUAUGAUUUGCAAAUUCCUUGAGAAUAGGCAUAGUCAUUGGUUUUUUUUUAUUCUGGGUACCCAGCAGUGUUUUGCACACAGUAGUGCCUUAAUAAAUGUUUAUGGAACUAAAUUGGAGUGUUCAUUUAAGAGUUCUGCAUAACUGGGUGAGGGAGAUAUGACUUAGGGUUGUAGAGAAGCCUUCAAUGUACUGGAGAUUUUCCCAGAAUCUUAGACACUUGGGAAACUGAGCUCCCAACAUGUUGCUUGAUGCAUUUUUGUUUUUUAAACUUUUACCUUCUGUCUUAGAAUUGAUACUAAUUAUCAGUUCUAAGGCAGAAGAAUUUUUUAAGGGCUAGGCAAUUUAGGUUAAGUGACUCACAUCUGAGAAGUAUCUGAGGCCAUAUUUGAACCCAGAUCCUCCUGACUCCAGGUUUGGCUCUUUAUCCACUAAGCCAUGGGUAGCUAGGUGGCACAGUGGAUAGAGUACUGGGUAUGGAAUCAGGAAGAGAUUCAACUUUGUGAGUUCAAAUCUAUCCUCAGAUUCUUAUUAUCUGGGUAGCCCUGGGCAAGUCACUUUACCCUGUUGGCCUCAGUUUCCUCAUCUGUAAAGUGCUCUGUAAAAUUCUCUGGUGAGAAAGAAAUGGCAAAUCACUCUAAUAUCUUUGCCAAGAAAAAAAACCCAAAUGGGGUCAGAGGUGACUGAAACCACUAAUCAACUCAAAUACUUCAUAUCCACUGAGCCACCUAACCCCUUGUUGUUUGACUUUCAGAGUUUACAAUCUUAGAGACUAAAAUGAUUGGAAACUCCUUAGUGAGGUUAUUUCAUUUCGCUUCUGGCUUAAGAGCUUAAGUUUUGUUUAUUCUUUGGUUUAUUCCACCUAUCUACCAUAUUUGUAAAGUCCUUUGCAAGCUUUAAAACACUCUAUAAAUGUUAACCAUUAUUACUAAUCUUUAUAGUUUCCCUAAUUUUUGUUUACUCUUUAUUUUGAUAAAGAAAUAUACUAACUAUUCAUGAUGUUCUUUUCUGUAACCAGUCUUUGAUGGGAGCUAAAUUGAUUUAAAAAAAAAAAAACUAAGUACUACCUUCCACUUGAUAAGAAUGUUCAGAGAAAGUGGGCAUCAGAGUAUUUUACUAGACUACCAAAACUUGAGAUAUGGGGGAUAGAUAUCAUUCUAGCUCAAUAUCCCUUUUGAACAUAAGUAAGGGAAAGAGCAAAUAGCCAGCCACAACCCCCUUCUCCUCUCCCAAAAUAUGGAAAUCUCCAGCUUCUUUGUAGAACCUUUCCUUGUAGGAGCCCCUUUGAAUCCUAGACCCCAUAAUCUAUAGAGAGAUCAACUGAAGCCCACAGGAAGGAGACAGAUCAAUUUUUGAGUCAUAGCAUGAAUCUCAUAACUCCUAACUGCCAACAUUUUACCUCAUAUCAUGCUCAUCUUGACCCUAUAGAGAAAAUGGGUUCAUAGAUAUAGAGGAAAGCAAGAGACACGACUUUACAAAGAAAAAGGGGUCAUGUUAGGUGAGAAAAGAUAAAAACCAAACCUUACCUUCUGCCUUAGAAUCAAUACUCAGUAUUAGAGCAGUAAGAACUAGACAGUUGGGGUUAGGUGAUUUGCUUGGGGUCACACAGCUAGAAAAUGUUUGCAGUCAGAUCUGAACCCAAGUCCUCCAGACUCCAUGCCUGUCACUUUAUCUACUGUGCUACCUAGUAGCUUCAAGCCAUCCCUUUUUGAUAGGAUUUCUAGGCUGAUUUGAUUACAAAGCAAUAAUAUGUCAGAAAAGCAGAAUUUCUCCCAUAUCUAUGGGCAAGAUGGAAAAAAUUUGAGCUGGAUGGAUUUCAAAGAGAUGGAAUGACUAGACCCAAAGAAUGAGUCAUUAAUUAGUUGAUGUCAGCUUGGAAAAGAGUGCUUCAAGGACCAUCUAGAUGUCUUUGGUUCUGAGCUGUCUGACAUUUUUCUCAAUGACUUGAAUGAAGACAUAGAUGACAUUUUAAAUCCAAUUUCCGAUGACCCAAAGCUAAGGAUAACUAACCAUAUGAUAGUACAGAUCUAAAAAGAUGUUUGGCAGCUUGAAUAAGGGACCACAUCUAAUAGAAUGAAAUUGAAUUGAGAUAAACUUAAAAUCCUUCACUUUGGUUAAAUAAAAUGUUACAUGCAAAAAUAAUGAAGUGUGGCUAGAAAGCAGUUUACACCAAAAAAGAUUCAGAGGUGCUUAUGGACUGAAAACUCAAUAUGGGACAUAGCAGUCAAAAAAAGGCUAACAAUGAAAAAAUGAUAACCAUAAUACGUGGCAUCUAGAAAAAAAAUAUAUAGCACUUUAAGGUUUACAAAACACUUUACAAAUAUGAAUUUGCCCUCAUAAUAAUUCUGGGAGGUAGAUACUAUUACUAGUGAUGUUUUACAGAUGAGGAAACUGAGAGACAAAGAUUAAACUGCCUGGAGUCACAUCUUUUAUGUCUGAGGCUGGAUUUGAAUGAAAAGAUCCAUGCCCUAGCCACAGCGCCACCUAGCCAUCUAAAGAAAGUAGUGUUUAUACAAAAGAGGUAGUAGUACCAUAGUGGUUAGUCUUGGUCACACUAAAGCUCUAAGCUUGGAGCAUGCGAAGAGAAGGAUGAGCAGAUUGGUGCAGUGAUGGAAGAUUGCCAUAAAAGGAUAAUUAGAAGGAAAUAGGUUCAAACAAGAGAACACAUUAAGCAGAGACAUGAUAGCUUUGUCUUCAAAUGUCUGAAGGGCUAUUUUUACCCAGGAGGGAGAUUAGCCAUGCUCUGCUUCAUCCCAGAGAGUAGAAGGAGGAGAAAUGCAUGGAAGUUGAUGAAAGGCUAGUUUAGGCUUAGUGUAACAAUUAGAGCAAAUCACAACUGGAAGGUGCUGUCUCUAGAGAUACCGUCUUCACAGGCAGUCUUCAAAGAAAGGUUAGAUGACCUACCUGAAGGAGAGGGCAUCUGCUAGGAUAGAAAACAAGAUAGCCCCUGUGGUCCCUUAACCAUACUGAGAUUUUUUUUCUGUAAAUUUUAUGAGAUGGUUGGGUCAUGCCCCCUAAUAAGGCUCUAUUGUAGGCUCUGUUCUCUUUUCCUAUACUGUUUCACUUGGUGAUCUCAGCUCCCAUGGAUUCAAUUAUCAUCUCUAUGUUGAUGAUUCUGAGAUCCAAUUAUCCAAGUCUAGAUUCUCUCUUACCCUCCAUCUAGUCUUGCAUCUCCAGCUGCAUAUUAGAUAUCUUGAAUUGGAUAUCUUGUAAACAUCUUAAAUGCAACAUGUCUAAAAGUAAAUUUAUAAUCUUUUCCAACAAAACCUUUCCUCUACCAAAUUUCCCUCCUGUCAAAGGGCACCACCAGCCUACCUAGCUUGCAAUCUAGGAGCCAUCCUUAAAUUCUCAUUCUCAUCCCUCAUACCCAAUCUGUUGCCAAGGCCUUUUGAUUAUUACCUUUGUAACAUCCCUCAAAAAUACUCCCUCCUGAAUAGAAAUCCAGAAGAAAACAUGAUUUAUAUCUUUAUAUGGGUAUAUUAUUUGGGGUUUGGGUUUUAAAAGAUUACUUUAUUACAAAAAUGAAUAAUAUGGAAAUAGGAUUUGAGUGACAACAUGUGUAUAACCCAGUGGAAUUGCUUAUCGUCUCUGGGAGGUAGGAGGGAAGAGGGGAGGGAGAGAAGAUGAAUCAAGUAAUCUUGGGAAAACAAAAGAAAAAAAAUUAAUGUUAUUAAAAAAUAAAACAAAAAAAAGCAGUUCCAAAUCUCAGAAUCUCAGGUUUAAAUUAUUAAAACUGAAGAUCACCUCACUAAAAAAAAUGUUCCCUUCCCUCCUUGAAUACUGCUACCACCCUGGUGCAGGUCCUCAUUUGGAUUAGUGCAAUAGAUUUCUUUUUGGUCGGCCUGCCACAGGCCUCUUCCUAUUUCUUCUACUCAGCCAAGUCCCAAACAAAAACCCAACUUCCACUAGAGGUCUUUCUCAAUCUCUUUUAAUUUUAUUAUCUUCCUGCUGUUGAUUAUUUCUUAUUUGUCUUAUUAUCCUCCCCCAGUUGAAUAUUUCCUAUUCAUUUUAAUAUCUUUCCUCUGUAGAUUAUUUCCUAUUUAUCUUAUAUAGAAUUUGUUUCCAUGGUUUCUCAUUGCAUUGUGAACUCCUUGAGGUUAGGGACUAUCUUUUAUGUUUCUCUGAAAGCACUUCCCAGCAGUCUGGCAGAGUUGAUGCUUAAUAAAUGUUUAUUAACUGACUCAUUUGUCAGGUCUUAUGAUCCCUGGAAUUUCCCUGGCUCUGUUCCUGUGAGCCCUACUUUUCAUAGAUCCUCAGAGCUUCUGUUUAUGUUUUCCUGGAUCUCAGCCCCAUUUAUCAGGCCCUGGACCUUGCUCUAUACUCCCUCAGUCUCUAUUUCUGUCUCUGUCUCUAUCUCCCUCCUUGUGUAGUAGAAAGAAUACUUGAUUUGGUAGCAGAAAACCAGGUUCGAAUCCUGAAACUUUAUAGCUCUAUGCUUUCUAGCUAUGUAGCUAUGUGACCUCAGAGCCUUUAGGGACUCUCCUCUUCUAAUUAAUAAAAGCUAGCAUUUAAUGUUUGCAAAAUGUUUAAGUGUUUUCAUAACAAAGUUCAUUUGGAAGAACAAAAGAUCAAGGAUAUGCAGGGAAAUAAUGGAAAAAAAAUACAAAGGAAGGUGGUCUUGUAGUACCAGAUCUCAAACUAUACUAUAAAGCAGUGGCCAUCAAAACAAUUUGGUACUGGCUAAGAGACAGAAAGGAGGAUCAGUGGAAUAGACUUGGGGUAAGUAACCUCAGCAAGACAGUCUAUGACAAGCCCAAAGACCCCAGCUUUUGAGACAAAAAUCUACUAUUUGAUAAAAAAAAAAACUGCUGGAAAAUUGGAAGACAGUGUGGGAGAGAUUAGCUUUGGAUCAACACCUCACACCAAGAUAAACUCAGAAUGGGUGAAUGACCUGAAUAUAAAGAAGGAAACUAUAAGCAAAUUAGGUGAACACAGAAUAGUAUAUAUAUGUCAGACCUUUGGGAAGGGAAAGAUUUUAAAACCAAGCAAGACUUAGGAAGAGUCACAAAAUGUAAAAUAAAUAAUUUUGAUUACAUCAAAUUAAAAAGUUUUUCUACACACAAAACCAAUGUAACAAAAAUCAGAAGGGAAAUAAACUGGGAAACAAUCUUCAUAACAAAAACCUCUAACAAAGGUCUAAUUACUCAAAUUUACAAAGAACUAAAUCAAUUGUACAAAAAAUCAAGCCAUUCUCCAAUUGAUAAAUGGGCAAGGGACAUGAAUAGGCAAUUUGCAGUCAAAGAAAUCAAAACCAUUAAUAAGCACAUGAAAAAGUGUUCUAAAUCUCUUAUAACCAGAGAAAUGCAAAUCAAAACAACUCUGAGGUAUCACCUCACACCUAGCAGAUUGGCUAACUUGACAAGCAAAGGAAAGUAAUGGAUGCUGGAGGGGAUGUGGCAAAGUAGGGACACUAAUUCAUUGCUGGUGGAGUUGUGAAUUGAUCCAACCAUUCUGGAGGGCAAUUUAGAAUUAUGCCCAGAGAGCACUAAAAGACUGUCUGCCCUUUGAUCCAGCCAUAGCACUGCUGGGUUUGUACUCCAAAGAGAUAAUAAGGAAUAAUACACAUACAAGAAUAUUCAUAGCUGCACUCUUUAUGGCAGCAAAAAAUUGGAAAAUGAGGGGAUGCCUUUCCAGUGGGGAAUGGCUAAACAAAUUGUGGUAUCUGUUGGUGAUGGAAUACUAUUGUGCCCAAAGGAAUAACGAACUGGAGGAAUUCCAUGUGAACUGGAACAACCUCCAGGAAGUGAUGCAGAGCGAGAGGAGCAGAACCAGGAGAACAUUGUACACAGAGACUGAUACACUGUGGCACAAUUGAAUGUAAUAGACUUCUCCAUUAGUGACAAUGCAGUUAUCCUGAACAACUCUGAGGGAUCUGUGAGAAAGAACACUAUCUACAUUCAGAGGAAAAACUAUGGGAGUAAAAACACCAAAGAAAAACAACUGCUUGAAUACAUGGGUCAAGGGUAAUAUGAUUGGGGAUGUAGACUCUUAAUGAAGUGCAAACACCAACAACAUGGAAAUGGGUUCUGAUCAAGGACACAUGUAAAACCCAGUAGAAUUGCAUGUAGGCUAUGGGAAGGACGGGGGGAGGGGAGGGAGGAAUAGAAACUUAUUUUUGUAACCAAGGAAUAAUGUUUGAAAUUGACCAAAUUAAAAAUGUUUUUUAAAAAUGAGGAAAAAAAUAAGUGUUUUAUGUGUGUUCUCUCUUUUGGUUUUCACAAUGACCUUAGUAUUUAAGUUCUGGCUCCCACCUACCUUUCUAGUCUUAUUUCAUAGAUUUCAUUUCAUGGAUUUCACAUCCCAAUCAAUCUGGAUCAUCACCAUUCAAGAGUUCUCCAAACUCUGUCCUUCACCCCUUACCUACAUGUGUUUGUACAAGCCAUCCCACAUGAUUAGAAUGAACUCCUUUUCUUUAAGAUGCAAUUCCUCUGAAAAGUUUCCCCUAUCUCCACCAUUUGCCUGUGCUCAUUCCUUCCUCAGUUUUCUCAGGCAGUAUUUAUCUGUUUACCUCAUAUAUUUCCUCCCUUCCAUCAGUCAGGUGUACUAUUUUUGAGAGAAGAGACUUUUUUAUUUUUCGCUUUGGAUGUCCAACUUCAAACUAUUGAUCUCUGUAUGGCAGGGACUACUGUUCAUUGAAUUGAAUUGAAAUGAAGUCAAUUCCCCUUUCUAGGCUUUGGUUCAUCUGUAAAUGAGAAAUUAGAUUACAGUGUUUCUGAGAUUCCUUUUUGUUCGAAAUUCUAUGAGGGUGUUUUACUAGCAGAAGGAUCCAGUCCCCUUGGCUCCUAGUUAGAAAUCUAGUUAUUUCCCUCAUCUGUAGCAAUGCCAGUGACACAUAUCCCCUCAUUCCCCCGCCUCCCCAGUCUCUGCCUGCCCCCCUCCACUCCCCAGGCCUCCCCUCAUCACUGGAAAAAGGUUAUCGCUAAAGCCAGGUUUCUUCCCAGGGAAUAGAGGGGUUGAGGAGAAGGACGCUGGUCCUGUCUCUAGCUGGAGGAGAUAAGGGAGGUCAUGCAGCAAUUGGCUAUAAAUGGGGAGGCAGAAGCAAGGAUGGGAAAAGGCAACUGGACCCGACAUUGUGCUGCAGCUGCAGGACAGGCUUCUCCCUAGCAGUCUUGCCUCUUGUCCACCAUGCCCAAAGCUGUGCUGUUCCUGGUACUGUGGGCUUUGCUGGGAGAUCUGCCAGCAGCUGAGGGCCGGACUUCUCCCUAUGCCGUAAAACUGUGUGGCCGAGAGUUCAUCCGGGCUGUCAUCUUUACCUGUGGGGGUUCUCGAUGGAGACGGGCUAGAACUGAGGAUGCCUUUGCUGAGGAAUUAGGGGGCGAGUCCCAGGAGACCACUUCAAUCGAAUGGCUGUCCAGUCCCCUCCUGCCACUGCCCAGGGAAUCUGAAGACUUCUACAGCAGCAUGGGAGGCCCCAGCUGGGCUGGAAUGUCCAGAAGCCGGCCAGAGUCAGAGCCUGAAGCCAGGCCUGGCCAGGGCUUCCUCCGGGGUGGUCGGGAUGUUCUGGCAGGUGUCUCCAGCAACUGCUGCAAGUGGGGCUGCAGCAAGACUGAGAUUAGCAGCCUGUGCUAGACUCUGGGGGGAAGAGGAAACUUCAUUUCCUCUGCUGAGUAUUAGACUCAGGGGAGCCUGAACCUCCCCCCUUCUACUCAGCUCCCUCCUGCUCUCUGUCCCUUUUGAGACCACUGUGGAUCUCUGCUCUCACUCUUGUCCUCACUUUGUUCAUAAGAGCCUCACUCUACCUUCCAGUGGUAGGAUGGGCUACCCCUUCCUUUCCUUACUUUAGCUUCCCUUCUGGUACUAAAUUCCAGUUCCUUCCCUUUUCUCUUUGCUCCCGGUUUCCUAUACUCUCCCUUCAACUUUGCACCCCUCCUCUGCUUGGCCCUUGAACUUAGUGUACCCUGAGCCUGUUCAGGGAAUGGAAAUGGACCAGCCUAGUUCACCCCACCCAUUACCCAUCACAUCAUGUUGGGGUGGCCAUAUGAGAAUUCUCCCAAGUCAAUGAUUUCUGGCCUAGGGGGAAAAAAUCUUUCCUCAGGAAUCAUAAGAGAAAGAUUUAAAGCUGGACAGGACCUCAGAUAUAUUCCCACAGCUCCAACCUGGAAUGGUUCCCCACACAACCUCAUACCCAUGAUCAUUCCACACCAGAAUCAUUCAGCCCCACAAUGAAGCCACAGACAGUUGCUACUCUGCUCUCGCUGUGGGGGAUGGGAGAGGGUGAGGGGCUGGGGCUGGGUAGCCGGAUGCCUAGGUUCAGGAUGCGGGUUGGCCCUGGUUCAAGCUUCUUCAAAGUCUUAAUAAAACUCAGAAUGAC